GCUCCGCGACUCGCUGACGCCAGGAGAGCAGACAGAAGACAGGCAUAGACGAUCACACACACUCACACAUUCACACACACUCGCAUACAGAGAGAGAGAGGGAGAAAGCGUGAGGUCUGCCGCGAAAGAAAAGUUGUCGGUCUUCCAGAGCACCUGAUCACUGUGGAAGUGGGGAAUUUCUGAUAAAAAUAUUCUCCUCCUGCUGAGCUUGGAUUGUUCCCCAUCACUGUUCACAACUUUGUCGGAGAGGAGGGAGGGGGCAGGGGGACGGCUACUGGUCCAUCAUGAACGUCACCUCACUUUUCUCCUUCACUGGCCCGGCGGUCAAACAACUACUGGGUUGGAAGCAAGGGGACGAAGAAGAGAAAUGGGCAGAAAAGGCUGUGGAAGCUUUGGUGAAGAAACUGAAAAAGAAAAAGGGAGCCAUGGAGGAUCUGGAGCGGGCACUCAGCUGCCCGGGUCAGCCCAGUAACUGUGUGACAAUCCCCCGUUCUCUGGACGGACGGCUGCAGGUGUCCCACAGGAAAGGUCUGCCGCAUGUCAUUUACUGUCGGGUGUGGCGCUGGCCGGACCUGCAGUCCCACCAUGAGCUGAAGGCCCUGGAGUGCUGCGAGUACCCCUUCGGUUCCAAACAGAAGGACGUGUGCAUCAACCCCUAUCACUACAAACGAGUGGACAGUCCAGUGCUGCCCCCAGUGUUGGUACCGAGGAAUAGUGAGUUCAACGCCAAGCAUACGAUGCUGCCUCGCUUCCGCAAUCCCCUCCAGCAGAAUGAGCCGCACAUGCCACAGAACGCCACUUUCCCAGAAUCCUUUGCUCAGGCCAACACAAUGCCCUUCCCGCAUUCACCAGGCAACAGCUACCCAAACUCACCAGGCAGUGGCAGCAGCCCCACCUUCCCUCAUUCACCAUCCAGUUCUGACCCGGGCAGUCCGUUCCAGAUGCCGGAGACGCCCCCUCCUGCCUACAUAGCCCCAGAAGAGCAAAUGACUCAGGAUUGUCCCCAGCCAAUGGACACUAACCUCUUGGCCCCGCCUCUGCCUCUAGAGAGUAACAACCGGGCAGGUAACCAAGAUGUGCAGCCCGUGGCCUACGAGGAACCCAAGCACUGGUGCUCUAUUGUUUACUACGAGCUCAACAAUCGCGUCGGCGAGGCGUUCCAGGCUUCGUCCACCAGCGUGCUCGUCGACGGCUUCACCGAUCCCUCCAACAACUGCAACCGGUUCUGUCUGGGCCUGCUCUCCAACGUCAACCGCAACUCCACCAUUGAGAACACUCGACGGCACAUCGGCAGAGGUGUCCACCUGUAUUACGUUGGUGGAGAGGUGUAUGCCGAGUGUCUGAGUGACAGCAGCAUCUUCGUCCAGAGUCGUAACUGUAAUUUCCACCACAGCUUUCACCCCACCACUGUGUGUAAAAUUCCCAGCACCUGCAGCCUGAAGAUCUUCAACAACCAGGAAUUUGCUGAACUGCUGGCACAGUCGGUCAACCAUGGCUUUGAGGCCGUCUACGAGCUCACCAAGAUGUGCACUAUUCGCAUGAGCUUCGUUAAGGGCUGGGGAGCAGAGUAUCACCGCCAGGAUGUGACCAGCACCCCCUGCUGGAUUGAGAUUCAUCUCCACGGUCCCCUGCAGUGGUUGGAUAAGGUGCUAACCCAGAUGGGCUCCCCCCACAACCCCAUAUCAUCCGUCUCCUAGGCUUUAACGUCCUCAGCCCUGUGGCUGUCCACACCUGAGCAUUUCUAAGUAGUAAGAAAAGAAAAGGAGCGGCUGAGUCCCAGACUGGUUUAUGGUUCUCCGGUCUGGGACCUGAAGGGAAGGACGGGUGGUUAAACGGGUUGAUUUGUUCUUUACUUGAAGGGCAUCUGAAUUGGGCACAUUUACAGACUGGGAGAGAAAUAAGUAAAGUGAGCAUGAUGCAACUGGAAGAUACUUGAUCCUUGUGACCAACUGUAAAAAUUAGACCAUCACACUCAUCAUGAUGCAAGUAUCCUCCUUGAUCUUGCUCCAACGUGUCUCUUUUCUUUCCAUUGUUGUAUUGUUCUGACUUGUGACGAGAUUGCAUCUAAAUUGUCCCUCCAAAAUCAGGAUACACAUCUGCAGUUAAUUGAUUGCAGGACGUUCCAGGUCACCAAGUUUGCAGUUGGCUAUCAUUAAGCGUCUGGCUGCAAAGAGUUUGGCUGGAAAAUGAACUUGGAACGUGUAACGAGUUAGCAGUGAUUCAUUGGAUGACCAGUAAAAUAAUAAAAUACUUUAGAGGUUGACUCAAAAAUUGGGUGGAAGUACACCCACGUAUGAGUAUGAAUUUCUUCUCCAUUGUCCCAGGUCCAUUAUUUCAUCAGAAUUACCGUAUUUUCUGGACUACGCACACCCCCGUCACACCAGUGGAUAUGUCGCAAUCACAUUUGAAAGAUUUAUUUUUAAACAAAUCCAAGAGCGAACGUCUAAACUGGAAAAACUAUCAAUUUGAACACUAGCCUAAAGAACAUAGGCUGCAUUUAUUAAUGAAAUGUGUCGUCAGACUUGGCAUUAGCAUCACGUCUAGUUAAUUCGUUAAUAUCUUUUUCCGCAGCUUUAUGAUCAGCAAUGUAAAUUCUACAACAUUGCUUUUCUUUUGAUAGUCUUUAAAGUUUCGUCAUACCGUUUUUUUUAGCGAGACAUCAACAGUGUUCUUUUGCCGCGGGUGUAGACAGUGCCCUCUUGUGGCCAUUGAUGUUAUGAGGUAUAUGUAUACCAUAACGACGUAGAGCUGAUGUAAGAGCAAAACCUGUAGUCCAGAUAAUACGGUAGAUCUCCUCCACUGAGUCUGCCUCAGUGGAACCACAUAUUUUCUGACAAUAGAUGACAAAUGUUAAUCUAUAUAGCAACGGUGUUUGUAUUGACAAAUGUAAGACUACAUUAUCCUUUGUGAUUGGAUGAUGAUGGUGAGGUGUGGGAUAUCGAACCACGUGUCAUUUCAGCACUGGAACCACACCUGUACGUGUACAGCGGUGUGAACACGUUGAAAAUGUUCAAAACGUGUUCAAACAAUGCUGAAGAAAUAUUUGAAAGGUCGGCGACUUUCUGUCAGUUACAGUAAACAUUGGGGUUACGUGUGGGACGUGGCACUAAAAAGGGCAUUUCAGAAACUAAGACGAAUCUCUUAAUGUUGCUCCUCCUGUGUUUUUACUAGUGUUGCAAGUGAAUUUGAAGAAAAUAGCGUUUAGAUAUAUUCACUAUUAGAAUAUAUGUGCUGUGCAGUCUGGUUUUGCAAAGCAGAGUUUGGUUAGUGUAGAGUCACAGGUCUAAGGCUGGUGGCUGAGACAAAUAUAAAUGAGGUUUACAAUAAUUGUCCCCCUGCUGUGUGUCCUGGAGUCAGGAUGGAGGACACUGAUGUUUCAGCGACUAGGCUUCCAGCCCUCCUUACACUGACUGAGAAAAACUUGUUAAAGGACUGAUGUGGUUAACUGAUUAGCAUUAAAGUUUUAAUUGUUGAGCGAGGAAAGGGGAUCUGUCACUGAUGUCCUUUUGUUGACCCUUUCCUCUUUUUAAUAAAAUGCAGAUUUUUGCCAUUCAUCUCUUUAAUGCAUCCUCUUUGCUAUUCAUCUGUAAUACUCUUUACAUUCUUUUUGUAUUUUUGGAGAAAAAAAAACAGUCUGUUUUAUUUUUGUCUGCACUUUCUUCUAUUCCUGUUUUGUUUUGUUUGUUUUUGCUUAGUAAAGAUCCCAGAAAAGCAGUUUUAUUCCAUGAAUAUCAAGUCUCUACUGGAAGGAUCAAUAAAUUAGCAUCAUUAUUU